AUAAAUUCGCGCCAUAAAUUUCAGACAACUGACACGUGGCAGGCAUUAGGAGCCCAUGGAGGACUAUAAAUAGUUUCGGAUUGCAAGUAUUUUUUCAGCUGGCAUGUUUUUAGCCCAGGAAAACCAGAGACGGCAAUCUAAUUGAAGCAAAAUUCAGCAAGAGAAGGAAGAAGAGUGAUCCUGUCAAGUUGUUUUGACUUGUUAGAGCCAUCUUGCUUCAAAGCAGAGAAGUAUGAAAGAGCAAGAAAGUUAUGUUCCACCACAAUACAUUCCUCUGCAACAAUCUGAUCUUGAUGAUGGCAGUGUUCGAGGAGAUGAAACUGUUUCUUCUAAGUUGCACGAGCCAAACACAACACAAUGGUCAUCAGGAAUCUGUGCAUGCUGUGAUGAUAUACAGAGUUGUUGUAUGGGUUUCAUGUGUCCAUGUUACGUGUUUGGAAAGAAUGCAGAAUUUUUGGGCUCUGGAAGCUGGAUAGGGCCAUGCAUGAUCCAUUUUGUAAUGUGGGGUCUUUUCAAUGGGCUUUGUUGUUUGCUCACUGAAGGUCUCUAUUUGGGAUUUCCACUUUCCCCAGCCUCUUUUUACACUUAUAGCUAUCGAAAAGCCAUUCGGGAAAAAUAUAAUCUACCGGAAGCGCCAUGCAAUGACACUACAACACAUGUAUUCUGCCAACUUUGUGCCAUUUGUCAAGAGUACCGAGAAAUUCGGGAAAGGUCGGAAGGCUUCAGUCUAUCUGACCUCAAUCUCACUACUGUCUCUGCUCCGCCUGUUCAGAAAAUGGAAUCAGACACACAAAACUAAUAUCAAUACAAAUGUGGGUCCCGAGACCAAUGUGUACCAUCACCAGUGGUGUAUGCAUAUUGUACAUAAAACAGUUUACCGUCCAUUCCCAAACGACAGAUGGUGGAGAUCAGGUUUUGCAGGGCUAUCAGAACAUACACCUGGGAAUGUUACAUUCGAUCUCGAACACUUGUCAUCAGGAAAAGAUGGGGAUGCUUCUCUGGUAUUCCAUGAUGCCAUGAUUCAUUGUUAUAUGGUAUACAUAUUCGAAAUCAAAGGAAGAGCACACUGGUAUGACCUCCUUGCAAAUCUUUCACAAUGGUCUUGGCACUGGCCAAAACCAUUUCAAAAUAAAAUGUUUUCUGAGUUUCAGUUAGGACAUUGUGUAGCAGUUACUGAAAUGAUCCCUCAGAUUCUCUCAAAGCUUGCUUGUCUCCCUCGUGUAGACUGUUCAGUCCAGGCCGUUCAUCUGAAUGACCUGCUAAUCAUGAAACAUUUAUUGACCAGGUUGGAAUCUUUAGCUCUCGUACCGAUUCCGGCUGGUUCUAUAAACCCCAUCUUGGAUUUUUAUCAGUAGUGGUUUUGCUUUGAACAUUUUUAAGGGGAAAAUCUACAUUGCUUUCUAAA